CCCGUUUUUGCUGAGGCCUUCGGGGGAGCAGGAGGUAGUCUACGAGGGCCCUUAGUCUUGUACUUAGGCAUUCUUAUCUUGCAUCCCGAUAGUUGUCUGUUGUAUGGAUCCUUCGGGUUAAUCUUUUCUCUUCAUUUUUUUACAGGUAUGGAGGCUCUCUUUGCCAUGAAAAAGAAGAAGGAGAGGGCUCAGGUCCAGAAGAAGGAGAAAAAAGGAGCCCUCGGGCCAAAAGCCCAUUGAUGAGGUCUUCCCGAAGGAGGUUGUGGAGCCUUCUGUUGAUGCUGCCCUUGCUACUGUGGCCGGGGGGGCGAAGGCCGAGGUGGCCGCCAAGAAGAAGAAGGGAGGCAAGGGGGUGGAGCCCCCGAUCAAGAAACAGAAGGUUGCCGGGGGCACCGUUGGAAUGGCGGGCCCCCUCAUAGUAAUUGAUGAUCAGCCCUCCGCUGACUCCCCGGCCGUUGACACCCCGAUGGCUCAAACAGAUCUUCCCCCAGAGAACUUGCCUCGGGAGAUUCUUCAGCUCUCCCUCGCCCCGGGGGCAUCUGUGUUGCACGGUUCAGCUGAACCGAUGUCUUUCCUGAGGGGGAUUACCUCGAUGAUGGAUAAGCAAGCCCUCUCCACCUACGACGACGACGCCCUCGAGAGCAAGGCCCUUCGAUCAUCUAUGGCUGCGUGUAUAACCCUCGGUGAGCAGGCCCGAAGGCGCGAGGAGUGGCGUCGUCAUAAGGCCGAGCUAGAGAAGUCCGUGAAGGAGCUGAUCCAUGACAAGGAUGCUUCCCUCCGGGCGGUGUGCAGGCUGGAGGACGCCCUUCGGCAAGCGGAGCUGAAGCUGAAGGAGGCCAGAGAUGACGGCAAGGCCGAGGACAAGGCAGAGGCCGAGAGGGUUGCGGCCGAGAGGAAGCAAGCGGCUGAGGACGCCGAAAAGGCCAAGGCCGAAGCUGUUGUCAAAGCCCGAGAAGAGGCCAUCGCUGGGUUCAUCUCCGAGGGUUGGAAGGCCGAGGGCCAGAGGGAGUGGGUGGCCUCUAUGGUGAAGGCCUCGAUCGAGGAGUGGGUGAAAGGCCCCGGGCUCGACUGGAUGAACGAGAGGGGCGACACCUAUUAUCAAGCCAGCGAGUUCUUCACCCAGCAUCUGAUUUACCGGAGGCUCGCCCGGCAUUUCGGCACCCCCCUGGCGGAGUGUGACCCCUCGGUGUAUGGCCUCC